AAAUCUUCGUCUAAUGUUUGGAUAUUUUUUUUCUGAAGAAACAUUUUUGCACAAUUUAAGUUCAAACACCAGAAAAUUGUUUGAAAUAAUUUGUUCUUCCAGAAUCUCUCUAUUUCUCGGGCGAAAUUGACGAUCUGUCGCAAAAAGUAUAAGAAUUAUCUCAUAACAAAGACGGACAACUCUUUGUUGAUGAGUAGGUGCAGCUCUGGAUCGAGCCGGUGAACACGAAUUUGGUUUAGAUUUUAACCUCCUCCAUGGACAUGUCGAGUUCCCAUUGUUCACUGUUUGAACAAAAUGAUGAAUACAAGAAAGCUGAUCAAAAUGGUAGUGAUAUACUCACAGCCCUUACCAAAGAAAAAGGUUGGGCCACUAAAUAUCUUUACCAAUACAAGUCCUUUUGGUUUACUCCGGUAGCUAUUAAAGGAGUUGAGAAGGCGCAAGUCAACAACGCUUCGAAGCUCAAUCCACAGAUAUUCUUCUAGCUACUUUCCCAAAAUCAGGAACAACAUGGUUCAAGGCCCUUAUCUUUUCCCUCAUGAAUCGUGAUCGAUUCGAUUUCUCCUCUCACCCUUUACUUACCAAGGGCCCCCAUGAUUGCAUUCCCUUCUUGGAAUCCAUCAUACAAGAUGAAACUUCCUACCAAGAUUAUCGAAUUUCAUGUUUGCCACGUCGCCUUUUCGCGACCCACAUUCCUUGCUCUUUGUUACCAGCAUCUGUGAUGUCUUCUGGUUGCAAGAUUGUUUAUGUCUUUCACGAAACCAAAGAUGUUCUCGUUUCAAAUUGGCAUUAUAUGAAAAAAUUAAGACUCAAAGAUCUACCUUCUUUUCCAAUCGAAGACGCAUUUGAUCUGUUCUGCAAAGGGGUAUCACAUUAUGGACCCUUCUGGGAUCAUGUCUCGGGUUAUUGGAAGGCAAGCUUGGAAAAUCCAGACAAGGUACUUUUCUUGACUUACGAGAACAUGAAGAAAGAUCCCAUUGUCUGUCUUACCAAAUUGGCCAAGUUCUUGGAUAAGCCAUUUUGCUUAGAAGAGGAGAGAGAAGAGGUUGUGCAGGAGAUUGUAAAGCUUUGUAGCUUUGAGAAUUUGAGCAGCUUGGAAAUAAAUCAAACUGGAGUGCUACAUUUCAGUCCACAAAUUUCUCUUGAGAACCGGCAUUUCUUGAGGAAAGGUCAAGUUGGAGAUUGGACAAACCAUCUGACAGUAGAGAUGGGCGAACAGCUGGAUGAAAUCACUAGGCAGAAGCUUUGUGGACUAGUUUGAUAGAAAUGUUGCAUGUCGAUACAGUAACUUAAGGAUAAAGCAUCAGUUAAUCCAGGGAGGAGCUAGCAUGGGAAGGAGUUGGGUAGAACCCCGUCCUAUGGUUCAAACCUAAGUUGCUCGGACUCUGUCGCACCCGUGUCGGAUUCUCCAAAAAUACACUACUUUUGGAAGAUCCGACACGCACCCGUCGAUAUUUUUGAAGAGUCCGAGUAACAUAGGUUCAAACCCUAUGUGUGUGUGUGUGUGUGUAUAUUUGUUGAGAAAUUUACGCAGAACCCAUAAACUUCAAUACUGGAAUUGCCUUAAAGUUAAUUAAGCAGUACCAAAAUGACAUUUUUAUUUACUCAAGAGUGAUAUUGAUAAAUUCGUUGUUUCAGUUUCACUGUUGUUCUCUAAAGUUUAAACUUCAUUAUAUGUAAAGGUAAUUGUUUUUGCA